UUUUUUUGUUCUGGUAACAUUAACCAAGUUCGGUAUGGAUUUUUUCGCGCCGGCGCGAAACGUGUUUGCUUCUAACUUCCUUGUAUUUUUGGACCUAUUGAUACUUGACUUAAAAUUCAAUUAAAUUAUGGUUUCGACGCAAGUACGCUAUUGAAUAUUGUGAAUAAUAAUUUUCAAAAGUACUCGUUACAAAGAUAUAAAAUAUGUCUCAUAAAUAAUUAUAUAAGUGCGAAAAAUCUUUAGAAUAUUUCAUAUUUAAUAAUAAUGUUAGUGAUUUAAAUAGUGCUGCUGAUAUAUUCGCUGAAGUGUGUUAGUCAAAAAUGGGUUCUAUCGUGUUAAGAAGUUUGUCAAUCCUUUUGGGAGUGUUUUUUAUAUUUGUUGGAAUAACAAAGCUAACCCCAUUUAUAUCGAAGGAACUGCAUAAAGACUUGAGGAAAGAAUAUGUGAGGUACGCAAAAGUGUUUCCAUUGAUGGAAACAUUAGACUUCAAACUACCUUCGAAAUGGUACAGGAGGGCUGUCGGUGGCCUCGAAAUCUUAUUUGGAUUAGCUCUAGCAGCUAUACCUAGUCAUAAAAUCAAGAAUACAGCUAACAUAGGCCUCGUGUUAUUGAUGAUUUUAGCAGCAUAUUCGCAUGUAAUGGUAGGCGAUCCCUUCGACCGCUGCGCCCCCGCACUUGUGUUCUUCUUCAUGUUGAGUGGAAGACUUGUUGUUUGGUAUCAAAUUAGCCGCCGAGAAGAGUUGGAGAGAGCUUCUGCUACUCAGAACGGGAAUGGGCUCAAGCGUGAAUAAGUUUUAUGAAAUAAGUUUCUUUUCUAAGCGAUGGCAUUGUGCUUAGGUAUUGUAAUAGCGUCAUAUUUUAGAGUAAAAUUUUAAUUUUACUUUGAAUUAUUACUGAAUUAAUUUCGAAUGUCUUAGUGUAGGAGACGUUCAUCAAUUUACUGGGUAUCUUAGAAAUAUAAUUCGAUGGGUAAUUAAUUAAGCUGUGAUGAUGCUAGUCAAAAGUUGCGAAUAAUUACGUUAAAUUUAUCAGCUUUUAGUAAUAAAUCCCUGACAAUGCACAUGAAGAACCAACCUGAACAAGUUAAUUUCUAUUUCUAGGUGAGAUAGGCUUCAGUGAGUGUAAUUUGUAUCUAAAAGUGAUAUUAAGUUAAGCGAUAUAUGCUAGGUUCAUUUUAUAUUGUGUGAGUGGUGUGUAUGUGUGUGAUGUUUGUAGAUUCAUAACAAUAACUGCCAGCGCAUAUUCAUAGUUAAUAUUUAAUGCACUUUAAAAAAAUAAAAAUUAAUGAGGCACCUUUAAAAUAUACAUGGUUAAUAUUAUUUGCUCAAUCACUACCAAUAACACAGCUUUUUUUAUACAUAACAAUAUUUUGUUUCAAUUAAUAAUUAUAUCUGCAGUACGUACUUAUUUAUUAUAAAAUCAUGUGACACGAUAAAGCUUCUUAACUAAGUUACUUAAAUGCAACAUUUAUAUUGUGUUCAUAAAAUAGAAAUUACUAUUUAUAUUUUAGAUAAUUAUUACUAUUUAUUACGUGAAGUGUGAUGUAAGUGGAGUAAUAGUCAAUGAAUAAAUGGAAAGUAUUACUUA